AUGAGCUUUCCACGAAGGAUAAGCAAAUUGCUCAAGAGAGACAAAGAUAAAGGGAAGAAGAGCUUACAUCAGAUUCCUACGGACAGUAGUGCUGUCUCGGCCUCGGACCACCCAGGAACAUCUCGACGAAUCACGCAGAGUACCAAAGACAAGACGUUAAACUGGGCAAUCAACGUGUUCAAGCUUCUUAAAAGUGUAUCUGAGGCGUCGGAAGUGCUCGCACCCUUGAAGGCUGUCAGCGCGAUCCUCGUUGGCGCGCUAGAAACGAUGAGGGAUGUACUCCAGAAUGAGGAGAAAUGGCGUGGAUUGAUCGCAACGCUCCAAAGUCACUCUUCGAUGUUUGAAGGCCAACUCCAGAGACUAGAGGGGAGAGAUCCCGAGGCUGGAAAUGACUAUGGACACGUUGACAAUCAAGUCUUGGUUAUCAUCAAGAGAUAUGGAAAGAAUCUGGAAGACCUUUUCGCGGCUGUUAUUCAAGACAUUGGCGUGACAGCCAGCGAUGUGACAACGAUCGAGAACGCAAGCCUGAGGACGCGAUUUUCAAAAAUGACAAGCGCAAACCUGGAGACUGCGACGAUACAGGAUUAUAAGGACCAGCUCACGGAGAUUGUAAGUGAGCUCAGGACCUCUCUCGCAAUGUAUACAGCGAUAGAGCAGUCAAAGGUGGCCUCCAAAAUGGAUCACGCGCUAAGGAAGCAACGGUUGAUUGAUCAAUUUAUCCUUGUUUCUUCCAAAUGCGACGAGAUUCAGGCUUUGCGUAACAGCGCUGCGGCCCUUCAAGCACUUCACGACUUGAUUAUAACGUCUAUGGAUAUUAAUCCAUGGACAACGUCGGCAAAGGAGGCAUUCGCACGAAUCAGCGAUCUACUGAGGCCAGAGGACGAGUUCUUAAAGAGCGAGAUCCAAAGGUUCAAAGUCAAGGAUUUCGCCCACAAUCGAGAAGACCCAAUCGUUCCGGCUACAUGCAUUUAUGCAAGAGCACUCGUUGACGCCCUGGGAUAUACUUUGUUUGAGAGUGGUAUCUCGUCCAGUGACUUGCCCAAUGGAUCUCGCUUUCAAGUACAGAACCCUGCCGCGAAUGAAAAGGCCGGGUGGUUAGCUGCGCUUGAGGAUGCGCGAAGACAAGUCGUAACAAGUAUAGAUCUAUACUUUCCUCACACGGAAAAUGAAGAGCCAUUGACGACUAAUGCUCUGGAUGACGCGUUGUUAGGCAAGUGCCCAGCAGUUCUCGCCUUUGAUGCUCUCUUAUCGAUUUCAGAGGCAUCAGACCAUGACAGGCUCAAACACAUCAAUCGGUCCGGCAUCCAGCAUGGACGCUGCCUUGAAGGUACGCGGGUUCGAUUACUCGACGCCAUCAACCAGUGGGCCAUGGACAAGAAUUCGCCCAGGAUAUACGCCUUGGUCGACGUUGCGGGAACUGGCAAGAGCACAAUAGCGAACCACCUCGCACAACUGUGGGAUGACCAGGAGCACCUAGCUGCGCGGUUCUUUUUCUCACGUGGUAACUUGUCGACCGCCACAGCAAGUGACCUCUGCCUGGGCAUUGCAGAGGAUCUCAUGCUCAAUUUCCGCGGGCUUCGCGCGAGCUUGAAGGUGUUGCUAGAGGACAAAGAGGCUAUCUAUUCGUCCCCUUUCAAGAAGCAAUGGCGGCGAUUGGUUGUCGAGCCUCUCAGCCAACUCUCAACCCAAUCAUUAAUCCUCGUCAUCGAUGCACUCGACGAAUGUGCAUCUGAAACGCGGCGUAUGUUACUUGAAGCCAUAUCAGAGGCCUUUGCCGGAUCGGCGCCGACUGAUUCUGGUCUCCACUCGCAGGUCUUGCUCCCUGGUCUCAAGGUUUUCGUCACAACUCGCUUGGAGCCGGACAUACGAGAUGUCCUUCAUACUCUCGGUUCACAGGUCCGAAUUGGCCACAUUCAGCAGUCAGUUACAGAACGAGAGGAUAACUUUGAAGACGUCGCUCGCUUCGUGGACUAUCGAUUCUCGCAGAUGGACGACCCUUAUUUGUCCGCGAUCGAUAAGGAUCGGUUGGUUACGCGAUCAGAUGGUCUGUUCAUCUUUGCUUCCACGGCAUGUCGUAUGCUGGAACUGUCAUUUGACAGGAGUGGGGUUAUGCAAAGCAUCCUUGCUCACACUACACGGAGUAAUCUUGACACUCUAUACCUGGAUGUGCUGCGGCGCGCCAUGCCUAAGGAUGCACACUCUAUCAAGCCUCUCAAGGCGGUCCUUAAUAGUCGCACUACUGGGGACACCGUGAAGCCUGCACUCCCUGUUCGCCGUAUAAUCCAGAGCCUUGCCAGUGUUUUGUGGAGCGGCGAACCCGACGAUCCUGUAUACAUCCUCCACCCUACCUUUCGGGAAUUUCUCCUCCAGAAUGGUCGAAGCACGGACAUGUUCUCUGUCAGCUUGCAUCGAGGCAACUCUUUGCUUGGACUCGCCUGUCUUAACACAUUGAUGAGAGAACUCAAGCCCGACAUAUGUAGUAUCAGCAGGGCAGAGGAGCCGCCUCCGCCCAACGACCAGGUCAAGGAUCUCAAGAAGCGGCUCCUAAAAAGUACAACCGUCACACUCCGCUACUCCGCGAAUCAUUUUGUGGCGCAUAUUGCCGCGGUAAUCUAUGAAAAGGACGUUAUCGGGGCUCUGCGAACCUUUCUUAGCACGAAGCUGCUGAAUUGGCUCGAGUACUCAGCCCUAGGUGAUAUCCUAGGCAUCGUCAUGCGGAGCCUACAUCUCCUGGAAGCACUUAUUGGUAAAGCAACCCUUCUCAAGUCUAGCGAUGCAGUCAUAACGGAUCAAGAAUGGUGCCGUGAUGCGUUCAGAUUCCUGCAGCUGAAUCAAUCACUCCUCCAGUAUUCAGCCCUCCAGGUAUAUUAUUCAGCACUGAUAUUCUUACCCACCAACAACAAGGUCUCCAGGACGUUCCGUCCCCAAUUUGAAGACGUACUUCCGCGACUUGUACUCAACACUUCUGAUCAGGAGCAUGGGAGUUUACCUCUGUUUGGGCAUAGACAAGGCAUUCUCUCUGUGGCCAUCUCACCUUUUGGUUCUCGAGUCGCUUCGGGGUCGAUGGAUAAGCAUCUUAGACUCUGGGACGCAAAAUCCGGGACCACGAUUAGUACAACCUUGCUUGGCCAUUGGGUCCGGGCGGUAACGUUUUCUCACGACGGGACACUGCUGGCGACUAUUUCAGACGAGCGUAUAAUACGUAUAUGGAAUGGGUCUACUGGCGAAAGUCUUGGGUUCUCCUGGACACUGACCGGCGGCAGAAUCAACACGAUACGAUUCCUGCCUGGAGUCCCACGCCUAUUCUGUGGAAUGGACGACGGAGAGGCCCAACUAGUUGACACUAUCGUGGGAGACUCUGUCAUAACUUCGCGCCUUCAUGAGAAAGCAAUACUCUGUGCGAGUAUAUCAAAGUUUGAUGGAUUACUUGGCACUGGGUCUGAAGAUAAAGCGCUACGUAUUUGGAACCUAAGCGAUGGAUCAUUUGGCUUAGAAUGGGAGGUUCCAUUCAUCAAUAAAGUCGAGUGUGUCUCGUUUGCAGCUUCGCAGCCUAUAGUUGUAGCGGUCUCACGAGUCGUAUACGUCUGGGACUACAAGGAUAAUCAGAAGCUUUAUCAAUCUCCAUCGAAUGAUACACGCUUCCUCUGUGCCUCUAUAACUGGAGACGGAUCACAUUUUAUCGCAGGUUCGGUGAAUGCCGAAUUAUGUCUUUGGGAGAAGGGAACAGGGGUUACCCGGCAAAUACGGAUACAUAGUAGUCCUAUCACCUGUAUAGAUCUCGACUCUGACGGUACGUCGGUGGUUUCAGGCUCUGCUGAUAGUACAUUGCACAUCUCGAACCUUGAUGGAAUGAAGGCCUCUAGAUCUAAUACAAUAGGGAGUAUUUCUUGCAUAGCUUUCUCACAUGAAGGAAGCCAUCUCGCCGCAGCCACGGAGGACGGAAUCGUCUGUACGUGGGACGUUGUCUCUGCAACCACAAUUACCGACUCUGUCAACACCGAACAAGGAAAAAUCACCGCCUUGACGUACCUUGUCGAUGGACGCCUGGUCACUUGCCAUGACUCAAACGACACAGUACUUAUUUGGACCACUAAUCCAUGGUCAGAAUCGACACACGUUCGCCUUGAGGAUACGCAAGUUUUCUAUCAAGUUUGUGCUUCACCUACCCAACCCCUCUUCGCCUUUACGACAUCGAGAAGCACAGUAUUCAUAUGGGAUGCAACGGACAAGCCUCCGACACUGAAAGCGUGCUUUGAUAUGAAUUACACCCUCUAUGACCAGGCCCUACGCUGGCAUACCAGUGGAAGUUACCUUUGCUGUGGCGAAGAGGCGUGGGAGAUCAAGGGAGAUGCAGUUCAUUAUGUUCCUGAAGAUCAGCUAGAGGUUAUCGUAGAAGAGACGUUCCCCUCCGAGAUUCUGAACGUCUGGCACGAUUCCGAAUGGAAUGCAAUAGACUUUGGAGAUAAGAAGCGUCCGCUUCGGACAUUGGUUCUACCUAAAGGGAUCAAGGUUAGCGAAGCAGCAAAGUAUGGCCGCUCGAUUGCACUGGGUAGCACGAACGGGCAGGUUAUGCUCUUAGAUUUUGGAGAGGUAGAGAGAUGA